GUUGACUUUGCGAUCAAAUUAGUUGGAGGUGGAGUUCUGGGAAGGGGGUGUGUCCAGGAAGAAAUGAGAUUUUUGAUAUGCCCUGAUCUCAUUGUGGCCAGGCUCUUCACAGAGGAGUUGGAUGACAACGAGUGCCUCUUAGUCACCGGUGCGGAGAGGUUCAGCAGCUACGAGUGCUACUCGCACACGUUCAAGUGGUCGAGGCCUUAUCACGAUGCAGCUCUUUUCGACAAACACGGCAGACGACUAACGCAGGUUGUGGCCAUGGACGCGCUGCACUUCACCGAGGAAAACGAACAGCUCACAGAAGAGAAGACAGCGCGGGAACUGAAUAAGGCAAUAAUUACGUCAUGA